GUGCGCGAAGUGUAACGUGUCUGUUUCAUAAAAAUACGCGAUGAGACAACUCGUCUUAAUUUUUUUAUUUAGUAUAUUCAUUAAAGAGUCAAAUCUACAAAGUUUCAAUGCUGGAGAUGGAGGAGACGGUGGCACGGGGGUUUCUAGAGGAGGAGAUGGUGGCAAUGGAGGUAGUACUACUGGGGUUGAUGCAAAUGCUGGAAAUGGUGGUGAAGGCGGUGACGCUACAGGCAUCGGCGGCAUAGGUGGCAAUGGUGGAAGCGGCGGCAAUAGUCAAUUUGGUGACGCUGGUGAUGGUGGGAAUGGCGGAAAUGGAGGUCCAUGUGGAGUUGGCGGGAAUGGAGGAAAUGGCGGGACAAGCAUUAACGGCAAUGGUGGUGAUGGUGGCGAUGGUGGGGAUGGUGGCACAGUGGGAACUGGUGGAAAUGGAGGAAAUGGAGUAAUCAAUGGACAAUUUGGAAAUGAUGGAAAUCCUAUAUCAUUUGAUUGUUCAAAUUAUGAUCCAAAUAGCAAUACUGGUGGUACUGGCGGAGAUGGAGGUGAUGGCGGUAAUGGAGGAAGUGGUGGAUUGGGAGGAUCUGGAGGGUUUGGUGGACAUGGAGGAUGGGCAACUGCCGAUGGCGACGGCGGUGAUGGAGGAGACGGCGGGAAUGGUGGCGCAGGUUGGGAUGAUGGACCAGGAGGAAAUGGGGGAUGGGGAGGUCACGGUGGAGAUGGCGGAUUUCAAGGAGAUGGGGGAUCAGGAGGUGAAGGUGGAGAUGCAGGAUCAGGGGGUGAUCAAGGUUGGGGAGGCGACGGCGGACAUGCAGGAUUUGGUGGACAUGGUGGAAUUGAAGGUGAUGGCGGAGAAGGAGGUGAUGGCGGCGGAGGUGGAGAUGGUUCAGCUACUGCAAAUGGUGGAUAUGGUGGGUAUGGCGGUCAUGGGGGACAAGGUGGUGAUACAGCCGAUGGUGGAAAUGGGGGUAGAGGCGGUUCUGGUGGCAAUGCUGGGAGCGGCGCUGGUGGAGACGGUGGAAACGCUGGAAAUGGAGGAAACGGAGGACGCAAAAUAUGUGUUGAAAUGACAACCACUACAACUGUUGCCCCAACAGAUCCACCGACGGAUCCCCCAACAGAUCCACCGACGGAUCCCCCAACAGAUCCACCGACAGAAGUCAGGAAUUGUACACUUUGUACCCUUGAAGAUCUUGAAAAAUUAAAUUUCAUUGAAUGGAAAAUUCAAAUUUGGGACAACAUAGCACUUCCUGUUCUUGCCUGUUUGUAGCUGUUUCUUUUUGCAAGUGGACAUGAUAAAUCAUGUAAAAGAUUAUUCAAAAAAUUUGACCAAUUUAACGAUAAAUUUUUGAGUAAUUAAUAAAUUGCCAAAUCAUUGAUUUAACAUAACUUUGGCAUAGAAUUAAAAAAUCUUCUCCAAGUAGUUUAUAUUUCAGAGAUCUUCAAUUUUGUACCUGG